UCCAAAAGCUACGUACAGAACACAUGCUCACUUUUACUCUCACUUGUUUUUCUCAUUUCUCUGCUGAUGAAGAACUUGGACAAAACAAUAAUAAAAAUAAACCUGGAAUCAUCAACAGCCCGCAGUCACCAGAGUUGCAACUUGCAAUUUAAUUCAAUUUAAAAGUAGAAGAUCUACUAAAUUCAUGGUUUAAAUUGGUUUUACUUCUGUAGAGGUUGAUUUAGGUUGGUUGGCUACUUUUUGCUACUGGAUAAACAGUUGAUACUGCGCCUCAUCAACAUCGCACUAUGCAGGAAGCUGCGGAGGAACCAGGUGAGGAACUUUCACCACCUUCGGAAGUCGCCAGUAUUAAGAAUGUAGCGAUGCCAUCGGUGAGUGAAGAGUCAUGUCCAAACAACGAAGAGAACUCUUUGAAGGAGCCAUGUCAAGAUCAAAACAAUGACGGUGACAAUGUGUCACAAGGCAGUGCGAGUCUCGAGUCAAUACGGAGGCCGAGAAGCAACUCAAAGAAACGUAAUUACCGUCAAACCACCGGAAUCGAUGGCUCAUCUAUUAGCGACGACGACGACCAAGAACCCAAGUGUACAAGCUCCAGGCUUGAUUUUCCGGAUACCCAGCUCUCUGGAACAAGUUCCGGGGAGAUGUCGACAAUGCCAGUUGAGCAGAAAUGUGACCCAAGCGUAGCUCCACCAGAGGAUGAAGACAUGUCUCGUGACAGCACAACCUAUGCUGAUAUGCCUAUGUUAGAAAAUUCUCCAUCCCCACUACCUAAUAUGCCUGGUUUUCUGUCAUCUGAUGACUCCAAUUUUGAUCCUGGGGAACCAAGACUAGCAUUUUAUCCUGGUGGGGUCGAACUAGAAGACUCCAACAUGAGCUCAUCAUUAUCAUCGUCAUUAGAUUUUAUGCAAGAUGAAGAUGAGUUGGAGGAGGAUGAUGAUUCAUCCGAGUCUUCUGAUGACAGUUUAGAAGAUUUACAGGAUAUACCAGUUGCAACUACAACCUGUAACAGUAAUUCCCGUUCGGAACAAUUACCUGAGAACCCUGCAAAAAUGCAACAACAGUCAAAUCAGAAGGAUAAGAAAAAGAAUCAGCCACUUCCAAAGGUUUUAUUGAAACCGAAACCAAAGUGUACAUGGAAUGCGCCAAGGGAGGUGUUCAAUCGUGAGAUGGGUUUUCGAACAAGGAUUCAGGCUCAAUCUGCUCAAGUCUUUCGUUCCAAAUUUUACGGAUCUCUAUUUUCCGCUGAACGAUUGGAGCUAAUGUCAAAAUUAGAUGGUCAUGAUGGUUGUGUCAACUGUCUAAACUUCAACUAUGCGGGCACCAAGCUUGCAAGUGGAUCCGACGACUUGGAAAUUAAAAUAUGGAAUUAUGGGCUGGGGAAACUACUUACUUCUUUCAACUCGAAACACAGAUCCAAUGUUUUCCAGGCCAAGUUCAUGCCCUUGGUGGGCACUGACAAUAUUAUCGUUUCGUGUGCCCGAGAUAGUCAAGUUCGUCUGACUGAGUUAGAUUGCACCGGUUCUGUCGUCUCGUCAAGGAAAAUUUCUCAACAUCGUGGGCCAGUACACAAACUAGCAAUUCAUCCUGGCACGCCACACGUUGUCCUUUCAUGUGGUGAAGAUGGCGUUGUCUACAGCUGUGAUAUUCGUGAAGACAAAUCACAAAAAAUUUUAAGUCUUGUAGAAAAUGGUAGGAAACUUUCGCUUUACAGCAUUCACUCCAACCCACUCGUGUCGCAUGAAUUUUGCAUUUCUGGCCGUGACGAGUAUGUCCGGAUAUAUGACUCGAGGAAAUUAUCUCGCUCAGAAAUUCCAAGUGCCAAUAAUAAUGAGAACUCACGAGCUGGAGGUGACAGUGGUGGAGGAGCAUCAUCAUCAUCAUCUGCAAAUAGCUCCACCAACCCUCUGAAACGCUUUUGUCCUCAUCAUCUCCAAGGACAUAAAUCGAAACCUCAUAUAACGGCUGCAGUCUACAAUUAUAGCGGAUCAGAAAUAGUUGCCUCUUACAACGAUGAGAAUAUUUAUCUUUUUGAUGCUUCGCAUUCUGACUUUGCAGAUUACGUUAAGGUGUACGAAGGUCACCUCAACAGCGCUACAGUGAAAGGGGUAAACUUUUUUGGAGAUAAGAGCCAGUUUAUUGUGUCGGGUUCGGACUGCUCUCACGUUUUUAUUUGGGAUAAAGAAACUGAAAGUAUUGUAAAUUUUCUACGUGGAGAUGAAAAAGGAGUGGUAAAUUGUCUGGAGCCUCAUCCAACUGCACCAAUUUUGGCAACGAGUGGCCUUGAUGAUGACAUCAAGAUUUGGAUUCCUUCCAAUGAAAAUCCUCCGAAAAUGGGGGAACUUGCUUCCACGGUAAAGAAGAACAUUAAAAAAAGAGACGAGGAGAUGGACGCACGGCCUAAUGCACUAGAUGGUCAAAUUAUGUGGCAACUUAUUCACCAUCUUCAUCGUGAACAGAGGCGAAAUAGAAGGACGCAAGGUCAAGAAUCGGAAUCAGACUCGUCUAGUGAGGACGAUGAAGAAGAAGGUGCAGGAUCUGCCGCACCUCGCGAUUGUUCUAUCGUCUGAACGAAAUAUUGCUAUAUAAAAAUAUCCCCAAUAUAUUUACUAUUACUAUACAAAUCAUUAAUUAACGUGCCCGUGCAAUGAACUUAGUGUACCUGAGUUGUAGUGGUGAGAAAAUGUACAAUAUGGCCUCGAAUUAUAAUUUUAUGCUUCUCUUUCUGAACUUGCGUAAGUGUUCAGAUUAUGCACACCAGAGCUUUAAAAGUAGGUAGUGGUAGAUGUUAUUCAAACAAUCAUUAUAUUAAUUUUAAUUUAUGUCUUUAACGUAACGUAACGUAAAUUCUUGCGUCAUAGGCAGUUAUUACAUUCUGUUUAUAAAGAAUGAAGCUGAUGAUGCAUGAGAUCGACUCUGCAAUAAGCGUUUGCGAGCAUAACAUUUUGGUCUACAAAUGUUAAGUAUUCCCAAUUAUCUUUGAUCAACUUAUUAUUUAAUGCACCGUCGCAACCUUUGUCAAAUUCAGCGCCUUUAUCUAACUCGAAUCAGCUCAAUAUAUUGUUUCGACAAUAAUUCUAAAGUCACAUCAUUACGACAAGCGAAAAAUUAAAGCAUCUCGUAGCAAAGCAAGAA